GGUCACUGCUGGCGCUGAGUGAAUAUUUACUCUCGUGUUGUGUGUGGUAUAUCAUAAGUUUGUUUCACAAUACAAAACGCACGUAUACAACUCACAAACCGAGUCACUUACAAAACGAAAGAGUCCGAUUCGGACUAUGGCAUAUUGCAGACUGCACACAUUGUUGCUGAGGGUGUGAUACGACUAAAGGCACACGACUGGUCACACCGCCACAGCUACAGACACUCGCAAUGUACCACAACUGCGGGUUCGCACACACACAACUCUUCUACAGGCACGCAUAAAUUUCACACAAAUACAGACACAUGUAAUAUAAGCACAUUCGGCCAUUUACGCUCGACCCAUCCCUACGAGUUAUUUGUCACGCUUUCAUAGGUAUAAAAAGUCUGCGUAGAAAACCUGAACAGGCCAGUAAUUCAGACUGGAACUACAACCACCGAGUACAUAGGGUGAGAAGUAUAUGCGUUUAUGCAUUUGAAUUACAAAAGCAACAAUGCACGCAAAUGCUGAAAGUGGCCAAGUCAGACAGAAUAGUACCGCCAACGAAAUUGAAUCUGCUGGUGAUGAAUCGAUGGCUAUGAGCGCACGUCCAGUUGCCCCUGAAGACACGCAGGGUGCUCUCAAAGCGACACAAAAUAACAAACCAAACGAAAAUUCAAGUACCAUGGACGAUCCCACUAAAGAGAUGACCAGCACAACGGACACCGCGGCACCUACUACCUCCGAUGUAGGCCAAAAUACAGACACAAACAAGACCACGUCUGACAGGACAGUCUCAGACAUGGCAGACACAGACAACACAAACGCAAAGCAUGCAGACGCAAAGCAUGCAGAUCCAAACUCUGCAGCCACGAAAGAUGUCAUUAAAACCUCCAAUGCAACGGAUGGGCCGACUGUGGGGGGGUUGAUCCCCAGUGUGCGGGUGAUAACACCGCCUAACCCUCCCGCAGCCGCAGUGGCUGAAGUCGGCUCUACACUUCCAAACAUACGCACACCACAGCCACACGAAAGUGCACGGAUACCCAUGCCAGCCCACACACAACCCUCCGCACCAUCAUACAUAGAUACACAACAGAAUACAGCGACCACUGCACGCACACAGGCACGCACACACGGGAGUGAACAGGCACAGUCCGCCGCACAAGAGACAUCAGUAGACGGCUCCUCCAACGAUGCCGUGGCAACUAGCAGCAAAGCAGCGCCAACAGCUGUCAGUGACAUACUUGACAGGUCGACAGCGGACGCACCCGACCAACCGUACACAGACGAUAGCCACACAAGCGAUGGCAGUGCACAGGCACUCACACACGAUAGCAGUGCACAAGCAGGCACUCGGCAGCACACUAGCCCUCCAUCAGAGAGCACUACACUCGCAACCACUCCAAGGGACGCCUCCAAACCUAAGUAUGCCAUAUCCAGCACCACGGACAACAAGGCACAUCGUUCACAUCCAUAUGCACAACCUACCAAAGCAACACAGCCACAGCUACUUCCACAAAUGUCACAACAGCAACUACUUAUGCUCAGGCCCAUUUCCCCCAGACAGCCGUCACCCUCAGGAUUCGAGGCCAGGAAACGCAUCCAUUCAGAUCCCAACUCAAACGCAGCCAUUAGCAUGAGCAUAACGCCCGCGGGCGCAAAACCCAAAGACAAGUCACGGUUCAUAGGCAUCAAAAUCAACACGGACAUGAAGGCGGCCCCCAGCCCAAUUGCCAGUGCAGGGUCACGAGUGGAUAGCAAGGGACAGACACCGCGCAUUUACACGCCUCGAGCACACACCCCCAACAACCGAUCCCCCCGGUCCCCACGGUCGGCCAGAGGGCGCGGAUCCCAAGUAUUCGUGCUCAACAAGGGAAGACAAGCCUCAUUCCAGUGCUGUUGGAGUGGCUGUGGUGAGUUUGUGGGCGAUCUCAUGGACCACAUCAACACAGUGCACAUUGGCGUGGGCAGGGCUAAGUACGACUGUCUGUGGAAGGGCUGUGAUCGCGGACGG